AUGUUUAAUAGACUUAUAAGAUCAACAAACAAUCUAAAGUAUCUCAAUUCAUCAACCAGUCUAAGAUAUUCAGUUUCAAAAACCAACCAAAAGUAUUUUAGAUCACAUCUUCACACGGCUUCAAAACUAAGUCUACCUAGGUAUUCUAAUUCAAAUUCUGGCUCAAAUAGAACAAGGAUAACUAAAGAAAUUACACCAGAAGAAGUAGCGAAAUUCAAAGAGGCACAAGAAAGAGCAAAACAAGCUGGUUCAUUUGAUGACAUAAAUACAAAUUCAUAUCAACAACAACAACAGAAUCCUUACUAUUCAUCACCAACUUCACAAUCUUACAUACCGAAAAAUACAAAUGGAAUUAUUACGCCACAAGAUCCAAUUUAUGAUAUUUUAGCAGAACCGACGUUGGUGAUUGAGAGGUCGUUUGAGUAUAUGAACUUAUUCAUAGGUUUUGAACAAGCCAAUCAAUAUACUAUAAUGAAUAGUGCUGGAAAUAUCAUUGGUUUUAUUAGGGAGAAAGAUAUUGGGUUCAGUAAAGUGCUAUCACGUCAAUUUUUUAGAAUUCAUAGACCAUUUGAAUUAGAAGUGUUUAAUGUACAUGGUGAGCUUGCUUUAAUUUUAAAAAGACCAUUCACUAUAAUCAACAGUCACGUGAAAGCUUUAUUACCAGGUUAUGAUGAAAAUAAUGAAUUAAUGGUUGAAACCGUUGGAGAAUCUCAAAGUUUAAAAGGUUGGCAUUUAUUUAGAAGAUGUUAUAAUCUUUAUAAACUUGAAGAUGAAGAAACAAAUGAUUAUUCUCAAUUUGGAGAAAUUAAUGCACCUUUUUUAAGUUUUGAUUUCCCAAUAAAAAAUGAAGAUAACCUGUUAAUUUCACUGAUUCAAAGAAAUUGGGUAGGUUUUGGUAGGGAAAUGUUAUCAGAUACUGGGAUUUACGUUUUGAAAUUUGAUAAGCAAAGUUUUGGUAAUGAUUAUAUUGAUGGCAAAAUUAGUAAUCAAGGUGUUACAAUUGAUCAAAGGGCUAUUAUGCUUGCCUGUACGAUUUCAAUUGAUUUUGAUUAUUUCUCAAGGCAUAGUAGUGGUCAUGGAUUGUUCUCAUUUGGAGGUAGUUAUGACGAUGUAUAG